UUUUUGUCAACGUUUACGGCGGUGGCGAGUGUUUCGCUUUCGCGCUAUUUAAGUGUCGGUCAAAAUCGAAUUGUGCGAGUCUCUGUUUUGUUGAUACAAUUCAUACUUGCCUCUAGUCAUGCAGCUUGUGUUCACGUGCUACUAAAAGUGAAUUCAUGAGGUCACUGCAUGAUACCCUCUGUAUGUAGUGCGCACCGCAUUUUAAAUGGCUUAUGAGCGGGAAAAAGGGAAAAAAACACGCACACCAUACAAACACGAUAACACACCGAGUGAGAAUACACAUAGAGAAAUAGCAACAACCGUCGUGCCUCCGUAUUUCAUCGGUAUUUCAUUGGCUCGCUUACGCAUUCAUUGUGCACGAUUUGUGCCAGUGAUGAUUUCGUGACUUGGUUUUUACGUCGAAUUCCUUGUUUUCUUCGUUGUUCGUUGUCGCUUUUGGCAUGCACAAUAGUCACUGUCUAUCUCUAUUCUACUUCCAUGCCAUAUACAAUUUAGAGGCAGCUAUCGCUGUACAUGUAUAUUGCAUAGCCUCACAGUUGGUACACACACUACUACCGGCCGUGAUCGGGUGUGCCCAAAGACAAACUACUCUCUCAACACCAUACGGCGCGUGUUGAAAACGGCUCUUACUUGCUCGUGCACUUGAAAAACUCGGUCGCCGGUGCCUUUGGAAUUUCAAAGACGGGUUCGAUGAUGACAUCAACAUGGGGAGCACCCUGUGUUAAAUGGGGGACAUGUAUACUAUGCGCAAAGUUGUCAGUCAUCACACACGGAGAGCGAAAUCGCUUGCUUUGUGUGUAUGCAUGUAUGUGGCCGUCUUUUUUUAUUUUUAUUUUGUUUUGAGUCAGCAAGCGGAAUUCAGUGUGUCGUGUAUUAGCACCAGAAGAGGUAAAGCAUUAUUCAAACGUCUGCGGAGGAUCAGAACGAAUGUACAGUGUUUGUGCUUAGCAAAACUAAACUGUAAAAACAAAGUUUUUAAUUUUUUGAAUUUCUGAUUCGAAAAAUUGAGUGAAAAUUCAAGACAUUACAAAUUAUCCCAAGAAUAAUUUGAAAGCGAAAUUUAAACAGUUGUCAAACAAUUGAAAAUAAAAAUCAAGAAAAAUUGGAGAAAAUUCCUAAUCGUGUGUGAUUUUUGUUUUGCAAAAAAAUUGGAAUAAACAAAAAUACGUAAAUAAAUCCCAAAAUGGAGCAAGAACUAAGUUUAUUAUCACCGCCAGCUACUCCACCACUUGAACUAAACAAGAAUGACGAUGUGAACAAUUUGAAACGCAAUUUCCUGGAAAUUUUCAACUCGCAAUCAUCUUCAAAGCUUUUGUUCACUCCGAAUCCAUCCGACUCGGAAGAUGAAUCAGACUUGCCACCACGCAAGCGGUUGUGCGCUCGUGAUCAAUUCAAUUUGUCGGUCACGAAUACACCGCCCCAAUCGGAGUCGGACACAGAAUCGAAUGCAUCGUCGACAUUUGCAUCAUUCUCUCCAAAGCAAAUCGAAUCGCCGUUGGGCUCAAACGCUAUAUCACAUCAAGUUCAAUUGCAACAACAAAGGCCCAGUGUUAUUAUGCGUGCAACAUCGACCGGAGUGUACUGUGUCGAUCCGCCAAAUGAGACAAAUCUGUUGCGUAGCGUGAAAUAUAAGAUGGGACGAAAACUCUCCGAAAAAGAUAUUGAAAACACCGUUUCGAAUUGCGAGGAAACCACCGAUGCAAAGGCACUCAAGUCAACAAAGAACAAACAGAAGAAAGUUCCAGUCGUGGAAAAAACCAAUCAAAUGCAAUGCAUGACCACACCAACUGCAACGGUACAACCACAAAUCCGAACAACAACCCAUUUACCGGCUAUUGCCCCAAAAUUACCGCAUGGUUUUUACAUUGCUGCCAAUCCGAGUGAGUUACUAUCAAACGGAGGAUUCAUCAUUUUAAACCCUGCAAAUCAACAAAUCGUCGCUGCCACCCACUUAGUACAAACCGUAGCCGCAAAACCAGUUACAACACCUCCAGUGCCCGAACGUCGGCGAGUGUACGAAUGUAACUAUCCAAAUUGUGGCAAAAAUUAUUUCAAAUCCAGUCAUUUAAAAGCCCAUCAACGAAUUCAUACCGGUGAAAAGCCAUUCAUUUGCAAAUGGGAAAACUGCGAACGUCGGUUCAGUCGCAGUGAUGAACUGUCACGCCAUAAACGUACUCACACUGGCGAGAAGAAAUUCGUAUGUCCCGUGUGCUCAAAACCAUUCAUGCGAAGCGAUCAUCUCAGCAAGCAUGUAAAGCGACAUACGAAGAAAAACAAUUCGGGCGCUCUCCGGCCAAUUGUGCCAACCACACAGAAAAUUCAAACCGUUAAGAUUCUGUUACAAUAAAACGAAGGAGAGAGAAGAUGAUAAUGGAAAACAGACCGCCGUUGAAUCACAAAGAAGGCAUUCCCCAAACUGCGACUUGAAUCGUACUUUACACAAAUUAAGGACACAUUUUAAUCUGCAUCUCGAGAUUUUUAGAUGAAACAAAAAAAGAAGAAAUGAAAAAAAUGAAUCAUUUUCUAACUAUAACUUAAUCGAUAUUAAGCCUAAAAAAAUCAUACUAAAUACUUUUUUCCUAUAGAAAAUUUUAUGACUCUGUUGAUUCUCAAACAUGUUUUCGUUUAUUAUUAUUAUUCUAUUGAAUAGCAGUUAGAUCACAUGUAUAGGACCAAUUUUUUUUUUCGUUUUGCAAAUUGAUUCACCUAACCUAUUCACGUUUAUGUACUUGAUAAAAUAAUUAGUGCUUAGAUUUUUACGACAACAACAACAAAAAAAAACCGUAUUAUAAUCAUGUAAUUAUUAGAUUUCUCGUGUAGUAAGUAUCUGUGAUAAAUUUGAUAUAAUGUUAUCAAAAUUUUUCUUAUAAACAAAUGAAAUAAAAUUUAAAAAAACAUUUGAAAUUGAA